UGAAGCAAUUCAGGAGAGCAAGGGCGCAUCGACUUUACACCGGGCCCUCAAAGGACCCAGCUCCAAAGCUCAUCUCAGCCCGGGGAAGGGCUGCUGCAGCUUUCGUCAGGCUUUGGAUCAAGGCAGUCAGAGGGUUUGAAGUGGCUGGGAGGGAGGGGGCUGCUGGGUGGCCCUGUGCCUGCUCGUCGCACCGCUCGACUGCUUCUGCUCAGAGGGCUUUGCUUUGUUUCCUGUUUCAUCUGAAAUUUCAUAACCUCUCUCUCCUUCUAAAAUAUGGUAGUUUAUCUUGCGGUUCUGCGUUUCACAUCUUCCUGCGUGCUCUCAGACUUGUUUCCUGCCUCUUCUCCUGCGUUUUCUGUUUCUCACAUUAGAUCUCAAAGCCCAGCUCCCCUAGCAAGUCUUUCCACCUCGCAAGCUGCUUACAGCAGCUAGUGCCUCUUCUGAGACAAACCAAUCCCAGGCAAAACCGUCCCAGCCCAUACGCAGCUGCUAAUUUGACCCUAAUCCGUUUGAAAAGGAGAGGGCUGGUGGGUGAGGAUGGAGUCGAGGAGGGAAGUCCUGGCUUGCUGGUAUGUCAGGACCCACGGCGCGAUUCACAUCCUUCCUUGUGGGAGCAGCAGAGGUUUAACUCUUCCCUGAUCACUUCAAAGCUGAUUAUUUCAGGUCUCUUGGGCUUCUGUGAUCACUGUGCUAGACUUCCUGGUUGUGCUUCAGUGGUGGGUGACUGCAGGGAGUCUGCUCAGCACCGCGGCGAUGGGAGUAAUGUGAAGUCUAAUGAGCACCUGCAAAGCUGUAUAGCAGGGAAGGAACUGCCAUGCCCGUGGGAAUCUUCCGAGUGUGCCUAGUGGUGAUUACAGCUAUCAUCAACCGCCCGUUCCUCUUCCCUAAAGAGAAUGGCAGUGUCCCUGAGAACACGGAAGAAAUCAUCCAGAAGAUGAAGGAGCGGGAGGAGAACCUUCGGCUGCAGAAGCUGCGCUUGGAGCAGGAAAUCGCAGGCCAGGAAGCUGCACAGCAGGCCCUGGAAAAGGCUGCAAAGGUAGUGGAGGAAAUCAAAGAGGAAAAGGUCCCGUGGGAUAUGUGGACAGCUCUCUCCAUGGUCAUCUUCCUGCUGAUCGAGCUCUGGAGGCAGGAUUUCCAGGAGGGGAACUGGCAGGACACAGGAGCAGAAGAGGAUGACAUGGCUGUCCUGGGGAAAGCGUUUAAGGGGGUGGCCUUCCCCGACAAGGCCACCUUGGCCAGCUUCUACGAGAAGCGAAUCCUGGGCACCACCGGCGACAUGGCCAGGAUGCGGGAGAUGGUGGAGGGCUUUGCAGAUGACCUGCUGGAGGCCUUGAGGAGCGUUUGUAACCGGGACGCUGACAUGGAAGUGGAGGACUGCAUGGGUGUGGGGAGCAUGUACGAGAACUGGAGAGUGCGGAAACCUUUCGUCUGCGACCUGAUAGUGCCUUUUGCACCCCCAGAGCCGUAUUGUUUCCGGUCCCAGAUCUGGUGCUCUGGAGACUCUUUUCCCCCAGAUGAACAAGGUUAUGGCACUAUCAAGGUAUGCAGGGCAGAUGAGGAUGUGACAGGUUGCAUCUGCGACAAGACUAAACUAGGGGAAGAUAUGCUGUGCCUUCUCCAUAGCCAAGGCAAUACUUCCAGGCCCAGCAGCGAGAUGGAAGACCUCCUGUGCUUCAAAAAUACUCAGUAUCUUGAUGCUGACCAAGUCAUGAAGUGGUUCCAGAUCGCAGUCACCAAGGCCUGGAACAGAAUCUCCCACAAGUAUGAAUUUGACCUGUCUUUUAGCCUCUUGGACUCCCCAGGAGCCCUGAAGAUAAAAUUCAGGUCAGGGAAAUCAGUCGCCUUCAACCUCACUCCUGUGGUGCAGUAUGAGAACUCGGACGUUUACUUCAUCUCCCAUUUCCCUCGCAAUGAGCUGGUAGCAGAGCUCCCCUCCAGCACUCGCUGGUUCCUCACCUUCGCAGUGUACGAGAGGAGGUUCAUCCAGCUGAUCUCCAAAACGCUGCCGGCCGGUGCCUGCCACGUCAGCUGCCUCCAGAUCCUCUCCUUCCUGCACGGGAAGCAGUGCAGCCUCACAGGCCCAAGCGGGCUCACCAACUACCACCUGAAGACAGUGAUGCUGCAUCUGCUGCAGGCGCGUCCCAGUCAGGACUGGGCCCCAGAGAAGCUGGAGGCCCGUCUCCAGGACAUGCUGAAAUUCCUGGAGAAAUGUUUGCACGAAAAGAAGCUCUACCACUUCUUUGUUGGCAAUGAGAAGGUACCAGCAGAGCUGGGCUUCCCCAUCACAUUCCAGAGGGCCGAGCCUCUCAACCUUUUCCGUCCCUUUGUGCUGCACAGGGACGUUUACAGAAAGACAGUUGACACGUUCCACGAGAUGCUCAGGAACACGUCUGCACUGAUAAAUGAGUACACGGUGCACAUUCCCCUUGCACACACCAAUGGGAUCCAUAAGGAAGCCAUUUAACCAAAGCCAGCAGGAAAACACUUGUUCCUCUAAGCACAAGUCCAGAGGGCAGCUUUUCAAAGCCUCCUGGAGACAACUGACUUUGCCAGUGCAGCUUGUUGUCUGCAGCUGAGCCUGUCCUGGUCGUGGUUUCUGCAGGAAGGGAGAAGGGAUGGGGGGAGAAUAGGGAGAAACUGGAAGGCAUGGUAGAAAAGUAAGUUUCUGCUCCACUGGUGUGCUGGCUGGGUUUUACGCAGCUAAGGAUAUAUUUUUAUAUUGUGCCUCAGUCACACUACAGCGGUGGUGAGCAACAAAUAUGACUAAUUUAUUCACAUGCCUGCAAUGCAAUGGUGGUGGUGGCCAAAUACUUCAUUUCCUUUGGAAGGGGAAGAUAAGAAAAGGGUGGAGGUGUCAAAGACAGGAUCCUGGGGCUGCAGGAGCCUGUCUGCUUGCAGGCAGCAGGAGCUCUGUGACCAAUGGGAAGUGCAACGUGAGACUCAGUGUUAGUGGGAGAACAAGGCGUCACUGCUGAGGUCACACACAAUUCUGGAUUGGAUGUAGAAAUCUCUAAAUCCAGCACUGCUCUUUAAUUGAAGGGGAACUGCAGUUUUUUAAAAAGGCAUUUUGAUAGGGCUUGCAGCACUAGUUUAAAUGGCUUGUCCUCUCCAUCACAAACACUCCUGGACACGACAUGUUUAUUCUCAGUGGGAAGAAUGUAGCAGAGCAGGCAGCAGGACCUGUGUCUUGAGACCAUUUCAUUUGUGUCUUCCAUUUUCUUCAUGGUAACACAGCUAGUGGGUUUUCUUCUUAGCCAUUUUCCAUGGAUAAAUGACCAGGAACCUUUUUUACAUUAGUUAAGAGAGAAAUGCUGUUACUGGGUUCUGGCUUUUUGGUUUAUUUGUUUGCUCUCCUUAUCUCCAGGCAGCAAGUCUGAGAACCAGUAAAGAGAGAAAUGACUGCUGCAGGUUUUGCUUUUAAUAAAGAGGAAACUCCUCAAAAUUACUCUGUAAUGAGCCCAAUCUCAGGAGCUGGGUACCAGGAGGAAACGAUCGCCCUCCAAAUGAGAGUGCAGCUUUCCCAGCGUGGUUUUAAUGAGCGCAGGAUGGCUCCAAGUUAGGAGGAGGGAUGCAAGAGGUGCACACACAGCAGAGAUUGGCAGUGCAAUCUCUGCAGCUGCUUACAUGUGUCUUCUUAUCCCUUCUGUGCCAGGUAAAAGCUACCUGGUUGACUCCUUAUAGGGCCUCCUCGAUCCUUCUUAAGACUGCUGCUUUGAUGGGGUUUACUCUUGGGAACUGCAGCUAGCAAACCAUCAUUUUCUGAUGGUAGUACGAUGGGGAAGUGUCAGCUUCUGCAGGCUUUCAAGCCAGGGGAGAAUCUGGAGGCUUGUGUUGAAAGAAACAAAGCAGAAAUGGAGGUGCCUGAACUCCUUCAGGAAGCAAGGUGGUAUUGCUGUGGCAGUGGGCUGCCAAGCCCCCGUGUGGUGGCCUUGCUGGAGGAAAGGCCUCAGCAGCUCCUCAACCUCCUUCGUGUGCUUCAUGCAGGAUCCAAGCUAGGGUCUUAGUGCAGAUCUGCCUUGUUCAGGUCUCUGGGGCCCAACCUGCAGUGCUAAGGGGCCUUCCCUGCUGUGUUCUUACAUCAGGAUUUCCUGCCAUGUUCCUACACUAAGGCUUUUCUGAAUCCUGUUUACAAGAGGAGAGUUGUCCUGGGUAGCGAGGCCCAUCAGGGGUGACAACACCAUGUGUCAUGGCCCCACGCGUUCCUUUUCGUCAGUCCCCUCUAUCACAUGCAUCAGACAGAAGAUUUAACCUCGUAUCACUACUAGGGACAGUGUACGGCACACGGCUUCUUAUCCAGCCUGCUGAUAAAUCCCAAAGACACGUCCUCUCCUGCCUUCUCCUUGUAUGAACCAUUUCACCAGCUCCUUCAUGUCUGCUCACGUCUGUCCCCUCACCAUUGAGGGACAUUUCUGCACCAAGACAGAAAAAGCUGCAGCUCCAAUUCCACUCCUGGUUCCCCACUGGUGAGGACAGGGAGCUCGUUGCCCAAAUUGCUUUCCCCUUGGCUUUUACCGUCACAGCUGUGGGGUGCUUAAGUAAUAAGUCUGAGCAGAAAAUAAGGGGCAGGAAUCAAAACAGGAGAGAAGAGGCUGGUAGCUACUGCCGGUAGGAAAGUCUUGGCUCAUCUGUGCCUGGGAGACUGCCGGGGCUGGCACGGCAUCAGGACAGGACUAAUUGCUAACGCUAACGAGCUGUAAGCCCCUGGCUUUCAUGAGCAUAACCAAGCAAGCCUUCCCUAGUGGGAAAGAGUGCAGGAGCAAUCGUAGGGGACACAACAAACAGGUAGUGACAGGCAGAGGUGCAGGGAGGGUGGGUGAACACUGGACGCUACGUUGGAAGCGUCAGCAGUUGUUUGCAAACCCAAGCAAUUCGCUGCUUCUACCUGCUCAGGUUCUCUGUGCCAUGCCAGCAGCAGAUCCCGCUCUGCACGGGCUGCCUGCAGGCAGGUCAUACCGAAGCAGUUGUGGUCUGAGCUGCUUCUAAAUGUGUCCCUAGCCCAACCAGAGAGAAAUGAAAAAUUCUCUGCUGCUUCCUGUCAGGCAUCUAAAUUUAGCCUGUCCAAAGAACAGAAACAAAUUUGUGACCCAGGUCUCUCAGGAAAUGACACACGGGGUUGAAAAAUAACUUUUAUAUAAGGUUGAGCAGGGGGAGGAUGAGAAGAAAAGGCUGUUUAACAGAAUAAUCUAACUUCUCUCUUAAAAUGGCAGAGUAAAGCUGCGUAACACCAGUCCUACAGUCAUGUAAACAGGCCUAAACUUGCCUUUACACACCUCAGUGCACGGCUGCUUAGGCUCAAAGGGAACCUAAACUGAUAAGUGCGUCGAAUCUUUUGUUCUUCAUUUUCUGUAUUUGUGUGCACAUUUGCUUUUAAACCCAGACUCACCCCAACGUGUUCCCAUGGGGUUUAGUUGAACCCAAGCCGGAGCUGAGCCAAGGUAUUUAUGGAUUUGCCUUCCCUGAAAGCAAAUUGCUCAGCAUAAUUUGCCUACAUGCAUGCCAUAUGCUCAUUUUACCCCGAGCACCUUUUACAAGAUUUGGUCUGUGCAUUCAGGCUAUGAGCAAACCCACUCAUACCUGUCCGGGGGCUGAAGUGUUAAUCAGCUGUGCCUCAGGACAGAGGUCUCCUUUGUAGGCCUUCCACCAAUACAUGUACCAGAGGUAUUUAUGCUUAUUCCACCCGGGGUGAUGUGGGUACCCAGCAGUGCUGUGGCUGAGAGCUGCCACGUGAAGAAUAUCGUGCUCUGGCCUGCCUCGUCUCUCCUGUGUUAAAUCUGCCCACCAGGUACUGUCCCUUUCAGUAAAAUGCCACGCUCACGUUUCAUUAAAAUGUUUAUAUGGCAGGUCAGCUCCAUCAGCUGUCUGCCAGUAGAAGUGUCCUCAGACUUUUUAGUGCCCCCAUGUUUAGUGCUGCCUUGAUUGACAUCUUGCCGGGCAUCCAUGGGAAGCAGCUUGACACGAGUAACAAAUGCACAUCUCUGGUAAUGCCCACAAGAGAUCCUAAGGAAAGGUAAACUGCUCGUCCCAGCCCCCUUUUGGUGCUGCUCUUGCUAUUUGCUAACCAGGAGAAUUACCCAGCUGAAUUCCUAGUGCCUUCUGAUGGUUUCCAGCCACUCCCUCCACCCUCAACUUGUAGUUUUAAUACUUUAUUAUAGGUUUUGUCAAAGCAGUGGAAUUAGUGGUGGUGAUAACACCCACUGAUCUGCGACAUAGCCUCAGGAACUAUUCACCUUUAGGAAAUGCCUUGGUCUAAGUUAUUAUUGCUGUUCAGGAGCUGAAUGUCUUCUAAGGGGAGCUGCUGGGAGUUCACUCUUUACUAUGUGCCAACCACAGAAUACAGCUUCUCUCUCUGGGUUGCUCUGUAUACAGGUCUUACAGGGCUAUAAAGAUGGAUUUCAGUGAAAACAAAACAAAACAAAACAAACAACCUUAUCUAUCAUUCAAGCAGGAGGAUUUGGUGUUUGUUCACAAUACUUUUUUAAUGCCAAGCCUUUGCAACAUUUUCUCAGUGGUGAAGAAAUAAGAAUACACCUUUAACAGCUUAGCUGCUGGUCAUCGAGGGGUUAGUUCUUCUCAUAGGAUUUUAUGUGAUAAAUAGCUUUAUUUAUUACCUGUCUUUUUUUAGGAUUUUUUUCUGGGGGGUAAUAUGUUAGUUCAGAAGUAAAACUGUAACAUGAAGAGCUGUCUUGGCAGUGAGCUGCAACGGGGAAUAACAUCAAAACCCUCCAAAGUAAGCUCUUCCUUGAUUCACGAUGCUGUACUCAAACUGCUGCUUUUAUAGCAGGACACUGUUGAAUUUGUAUAGAUCUUCUCAUGCAGCUUUAUUUAUAAUAAAGUCUUGUACAA